AUGCAAGACAAUCCCUCCCCCACCAAGUAUUCCCUUUUCAAUAUCUGGGGAGUGACUCUCGCCCUCAAGGCAUUGCUCACCAUUGGUUACCACUCCACGGACUUUGAUGUUCAUAGAAACUGGCUAGCCAUCACCCACAACUUGCCAGUAGCUAAAUGGUAUCUUGAGAAUACUUCGCAAUGGACACUCGACUAUCCGCCAUUCUUCGCCUAUUUCGAAUGGGCUUUGUCACAUUUGGUUCCUUCUUUCGUUGUCAAUGAUGGCUGCUUGUCAAUUGUUGAGAAAGGUAUCUAUGGCUUGCCUACCAUCUACUUUCAACGACUCUCGGUCAUUGUCAGCGAAGUAGUGUUGUUUGCCUCGUUGCAGUGGUACUUGGCCACCAGUAAGUCGCAUCUGGAGACUCGCCGGGCUUUCGUGGUGGCUCUGAGUCUUGUUCUUUCGCCUGGUCUACUCAUUAUCGAUCAUAUCCAUUUCCAGUACAACGGCAUGAUGUACGGACUACUAGUGCUCAUGAUUAACUCUGCAAGGCUUGAAAAGUACUUGUGGUGUGGCUUCUGGUUCAGCACCUUGCUAUGCUUCAAGCACAUCUACCUCUACUUGGCACCAGCAGUAUUUGUCUUCUUGCUCCGUGUUUACUGUCUCAACUUGCAAUAUGACACAAAAAAGAGCUUUCUCGACAACGCUGUGCGUAUGGUGCAGUGGAAAAAUUCACUUAAGUUAGGUUUGGUGGUUAUUGGUGUGUUUGCGCUGGCUUUUGGCCCCUUCAUCUACUACAACGUGAUUCCAAACGUUGUGGAGAGACUCUUUCCCUUUAGUAGAGGCUUGACCCAUGCUUACUGGGCCCCUAACAUUUGGGCCAUCUACUCCUUCUUCGACAGACUUCUUAUCCAAGUUUACCACCGCAUUCCAUUGUCAAGAAUCCCACUUCAACGGAUCUUCCAGUUCGAUGUCAAAAUGCUCAACGACCCUAAAAUGCUCAAAUCGACAACCAGAGGCAUUGUCGGGGAUAUCGAGUUCUUGGUAUUGCCUAGAAUCCCUCCAAAGUUGACAUUUCUCCUUACGCUCUUCUAUCAGGUCAUGGCCCUUAUACCUCUUUUCAUGCAGCCCACCUAUGAGAGAUUCAUUGGUGCCUUGUCUCUCUGUGGUUACGCAUCAUUCUUAUUUGGCUGGCAUGUCCAUGAGAAGGCCGUGUUGAUCAUCAUUUUUCCUCUCUCGUUCCUUGUUGCCAGAGACAAGAGGCUUUUGGCACCUUUUAAUCUUUUAGCAUCGUGUGGCUACGUGUCGUUGUUCCCGCUCAUUUUCACUUGCGAGGAGUGGCUCAUUAAGGUCACAUACGUGUUACUCUGGUACGUGAUUUACUACUUUAUGUUCCGAAACAUUGUCCAGGUUCCCACCAAACUCGUACGUCCUGGAGCUUACGUUUUAGAGCGGGUUACGAAUCUCUACAUCCUCGGAUUGGUUCCAAUGGUGCUUGUAGUAAGUUUGAUGGAGUUGUUGGAACAUAAAUUUGAGUUGAUGAAAAAGUUGGAAUUCAUGCGUCUUAUGAUUGUGAGUGUCUACUGUGCUGUGGGCGUGGUGAGUCUGUGGAACGGUUUCAAUUGGUUGUAUUUCGUCGAUGAGAGUAUCUGGGAAGGCAACUAG